AUGAAGCCAACCUAUGUUUAUUCAAAUCCUGUACUGAGUCUUCUGAGCUCUAACUCAACUUAAAGUAGUCCAAUGACUACAAGUGAAUUGAAUGAUUCAAUCGAAUACUAUAUGGACUAAAAAGACUAUCAGACUGAAGUUGAAAUAGUUAAGUAUCUGCAUGGUUUGGGAGUGCGGACAAAAACAGAUCCUUUGAUUAAAGAAUAACAAUAUUGGAAAGAAAGAAAACAGAUGAGUUAAAUAAUAUCAGAGACUAUUGUCAACUCUUCUGAAAGGUUAGUACUAAAUCCAACCGUAAAUCGAUUGUUAAGAAAGAAUGUAACAUAAAUACCAAGGAAUUCAAAUAGUCCCUAUUUCUUACUGGAUUAAUUAUGA